AUGAAAUCGAUGCUUCAUAUUAUGCAGAAAAGAGGUUCAGUUGUAUCGAUGGAACCGUAUUAAAUUGAUAAUAAUAUUUUAGCAUAAAUGAUGGAAUGGAUAAAGUAUAAGAUAAACAUUAGGUUGUUCAAAGUUAUGUAGAAUAAGUAAAUCCUAAAACUGCAAUUGCAAUAGAAAAAGAAGUAUUAAAUAUAAAUGAGAUUAAAUUAGGAAGAAAGAUUAAAUUAAAGAUAUUUUCAUUUAAUGAAUCAAUUAGAGAGAUUAAAAUUUUAAAUAGUAAAGUUAGAAGAGAAAAAGAAAUCAUAAGAAGAGUAAUUAAAAUGAUUAAUAAGAUUAGUCUUGAGAAUCAUCCAUCAGUUAAAGAAGUGGUUGCAGAAUUACAUAAGAUUUCUAAGUAUGAAAAGGCUUUGAGUGAGAACCAUAGUAAAAUGGUUGAUGAGAUUAAAUAAAAUAAAAUGACUAUUAAUUAAUUGAAAUAGACUGUAUAUUAAAAAAGAAUAGAAAUAAGAGAUACAGUAAGAGAUUCAUUCAGAAUAUAAGAAGAGAUGAUAAAAAUAAAAUAAGAGAAAAGAACAGUUUCUAGUAUUUAUAAUUAUUAAUAAGUUGACAGAAAUAGUGUAGAUAUGUUUUUAACAAUACCAGAAACUUCAAUACCCAAACAAUAGAUUUUACCAUCUAUUCCAUUAAAAUAGAAAUCUAAAAGUACUUUACUUAAUAUAAUGAAAAAUGUGUAAUCAAAUAAUUAAUAAGAAGUAUAUAUGAAUAAUAUAUUCUUUGAAUAGAAAAUAAAUGAUAUAGUAUACAUUUAUCGUCAAGUAUAAGAAUUAAGAUCUAGAACAUAAUAAUCUACUCGUUUUAUUUAGAAAGUGACAAAUAGAUAUUGUUAAAUUAGAAGUUUAUUAUCUGAAUGUGCUAGUAUAUCUAUAUAAAGUUUUAAAAAUAAGUAAAAGAUUACUAAUAAAAAUGGUUAUGCUAAUUCUAUUUAUUUUGAUGUAAGUACUCUAAAUAACAGUAAAAAUGAAAGUAGCAUUAUUAAAGAAAGGAAAAUAUAAAACAUUUUAUAUGAUACUUUAUAAUAAAUAAUGAUUGAUCUAAUUGAUUCAUAAUAAAAGACAGAUUUAAAUGGAUCUUCUAUUGCAGAUUCGAUGUAUUUUAAUAUUAAGAUUUUAGAAUUCGUAAUUCAGUAAGUUAAGAGUAAUUCAUGCAAUUUACAUCAGUUUAAAUUUUAGGAUUGCUUGCUUUAUAACCUAGAUUAUUGACUGAACUUUUAGGAAUCUUUGAUUUAAAAUAAAAAUAGGUUGGACUUUUAUGCAAUAAAACAAGACAAUUAUAAAAAUAAUUAGAUAUUGAAUAAUGA